AUGGCUCUUCAUAUUCAUGAAGCUUGCAUACUUCUAAUGGUCAUCCCUGGAUUGGUCACCUCUGCGGCCAUCAGUCACGAAGACUAUCCUGCUGAUGAAGGUGACCAGGCUUCCAGUAAUGACAAUCUGAUCUUUGAUGACUAUCGAGGGAAAGGGUGUGUGGAUGACAGCGGCUUUGUAUACAAGUUGGGAGAACGGUUUUUCCCAGGGCAUUCCAACUGUCCGUGUGUCUGUGCCCUAGAUGGACCUGUCUGUGACCAGCCGGAAUGCCCUAAAAUUCAUCCGAAAUGUACAAAGGUGGAACACAAUGGAUGCUGUCCCGAAUGUAAAGAAGUGAAAAACUUUUGUGAAUAUCAUGGGAAAAAUUACAAAAUCUUAGAGGAAUUUAAGCCCUCUCCAUGUGAAUGGUGUCGCUGUGAGCCCAGCAAUGAAGUUCACUGUGUUGUAGCAGACUGCGCAGUUCCUGAGUGUGUCAACCCAAUCUAUGAACCAGAGCAAUGUUGUCCUGUCUGCAAAAAUGGUCCAAACUGCUUUGCAGGAACUACAAUAAUUCCAGCUGGCAUUGAAGUGAAAGUGGACGACUGUAACAUCUGUCACUGUCACAACGGGGACUGGUGGAAACCCGCUCAGUGUUCAAAACGUGAAUGCCAAGGCAAGCAGACUGUGUAG